GGCUGGGCUGUGGACUGGACACACCCCUGGGCCAACUGCAAGGGUGGUCUGAAAGCUGGUCUCAUCCCUGCAAUGAUCAAAGUCACAGCCGUCUCUCGCUGGUGAACAGUGGGUCUCCUGGAGUCUGAGCAUCUCAAGAAGAGCUGAUCCUUGGGUUCAAAGCAAGGAUGCGGGAAAUCGUGCACAUUCAAAUCGGCCAGUGUGGCAACCAGAUUGGAGCCAAGGGUCUUACCAAGUUACUGAGUGCCUUGCUAAGUUGCUGAGACCCUUAAAACUUGGAAUCCUCUUGCCUCAGCCUCCUGAGUUGUAAGGAUUAUAGGCUCCGGGAGCCAAUGUUCUACUUUCUGCCUCUGUGAAUCUGACCACUCUUAUUUAGAUGGAACCAUCUAAUAUUCGUCCUUUCGUGACUGGCUUAUUUCACGAAGCAUCAACAUCCUCAAUCUUUACCAGUUUUGAUCAUCAUCUCUCCAUGGGCUGACCCUCUGGUUGUCCCACCUCUUAGCUAUUUUGAGAAAGGUUGCUAUGAAUUCAGGUCUGUUAAGUGCAGGUCUUUUAAACUGAGGGCAGGGAAUUUUACAGCUGGAAUACUAGUUAUGGUCCUUCCAUGCCACAGUGACAAGACAUUCAUAGCUAACACAGAAAUGGGGAGCCCCCUGCUCUGACAUUGCAAGAUAACAUGGAGAGAGGCCCUGGAGAGGAAGUGCAUGGUGGAGAUAGGUUCUGGGAGGUGAUUGGUGAGGAACAUGGGAUCGACUGUGCUGGGAGUGACCUUGGGGCAUCUGCUUUGCAGCUGGAAAGAAUCAGCGUGUACUACAACGAAGCCUACGGUAAGAAGUAUGUGCCUCGAGCAGUCCUGGUGGACCUGGAACCUGGGACGAUGGAUAGCAUCCGAUCCAGCAGAUUAGGAGCCCUCUUUCAACCAGACAGCUUUGUGCAUGGUAACUCUGGGGCUGGCAACAACUGGGCAAAGGGCCAUUAUACCGAGGGAGCCGAGCUGAUCGAGAACGUCAUGGAUGUAGUGAGGAACGAGAGUGAGAGCUGUGACUGCCUGCAGGGCUUCCAGGUCGUCCACUCCCUGGGUGGGGGCACAGGCUCCGGCAUGGGCACUCUGCUCAUGAACAAGAUCCGAGAGGAAUACCCAGACCGGAUCUUAAAUGCCUUCAGCGUCAUGCCAUCCCCCAAAGUGUCGGACACGGUGGUGGAGCCCUACAACGCCGUGCUGUCCAUCCACCAGCUGAUUGAGCACGCUGAUGCCUGCUUCUGCAUCGACAACGAGGCACUCUACGACAUCUGCUUCCGCACGCUGAAGCUGACCACGCCCACCUACGGGGACCUCAACCACCUGGUAUCUUUGACCAUGAGCGGCAUCACCACCUCCCUGCGCUUCCCGGGCCAGCUCAAUGCAGACCUGCGCAAGCUGGCUGUGAACAUGGUGCCCUUCCCUCGCCUGCACUUCUUCAUGCCGGGCUUUGCCCCGCUCACCGCCCAGGGCAGCCUGCAGUACCGGGCCCUCUCCGUGGCGGAGCUCACCCAGCAGAUGUUUGAUGCCCGCAACACCAUGGCUGCCUGUGACCCACGCCGCGGCCGCUACCUGACAGUGGCCUGCAUCUUCCGGGGUAAGAUGUCCACAAAGGAAGUGGACCAGCAGCUGCUCUCCGUGCAGACGAGGAACAGCAGCUGUUUUGUGGAGUGGAUUCCCAACAACGUCAAGGUGGCUGUCUGUGACAUCCCUCCCCGGGGGCUGAACAUGGCGGCCACCUUCAUAGGCAACAAUACAGCCAUUCAAGAGCUCUUCAGCAGGGCUUCUGAGCAUUUCUCAGCCAUGUUCAAAAGGAGAGCUUUUGUGCAUUGGUACACUAGUGAAGGGAUGGACAUCAACGAGUUUGGGGAAGCCGAAAGCAACGUUCAUGAUUUGGUGUCCGAGUACCAACAAUUUCAAGAUGCCAAAGCCAAUCUGGAAGAAAGUGAAGAGGUGAUGGAGCAGGUGGAAACGGAAGCAGAGGAGAAGGACCCUUAGCAGGGACAGAUGCUGCAGGAGAGUCACUCACAGAAGUUUCUCCAAAGAUUUGUUUCUCUCCUGCAGCACUCCAUGGCUGCCUUACACUGUAGCCCAGCUACAGAGGGGACUUUGGGGGGAGGAGGCUAAUAGGCACUAGGGUCUCUGCCCAGUUAUGCACUGUGAGUGGUUUGAUAGUCAAUGCACACUCUAUUAUCUUUCUCUUUUACUUUUCUUUCUUUCUUUUUUUUUUUUAACAGUGAAGUGAAAACACCAUAGCGUGCCUCCUUUAUUUUAAAGUGUAUUGAGUCUUGACUUCAGGCCUAGCCCUAGCCAGGCAACCAGACUGCACGUGUAGGUUUGCAGGAGGCCUGUGCGGUUCACUCUUAACUCUUCAGCAGCACUGUCAGGUCCUGGCAUCCUAGGGCAGCCAAGACUCACCUUGGUCUCUGUCUUCCUCACUAACACUAUCUGGAAUCCUGCCUUCCUUGUUGCUGGCCUCCAAAAGAGGCAGGUGACCACUAGCAUAUGGUGAUUUAUAGGCUCAGGAAAGUGCCAAUAUCCACUAGUAUACUGCAUAGAGUGUAUAUAUACCUCAACACAUGAACUGGAAAGGGAAAACAGAAAAACAAGAGAGUGAAAAACACAACUAAAGCACACUGAUCCUCUGAUUCUGAUUUCUGAAUAAUUAGCUUUCAAAACACACACACAUCCAUUUUAACUUUCUAAUCAGUAUUAGAUUUCAGGAAUUCAUCAUUAUCUUUGGCUUUCCUUUUAUAGGCAAUUUGGAAACAUGCUUUCCAGUUUUAUUCAGUAGUUGCCCUUCUCCCACAGCCCCUAAAACGCUGUGUGGCUUCUGUGCUCUCUGAGAAAGGGCACGCUGCAUACUCGGCAACCACUCAAAUGUAGGAAUUAAGCAGAAAUGGCUGCAGUGUCCUUCUUGGUUACAGAGGACAUUGUCUCAUUAGGGAACUUUUACAGUUCAAAUUAAUUUGCAGAAGUUGCCAUAAAUGUUUGCAUAAGGACACAGCUUUAACCAUCACAAGAUUUUAAUCUGCUCACAUUACAACAGAACCAAAUACACAAGAGCGUAAUCAAAUCAUCCAUAACUUCUUAAUUACAGUUUACCUAUUUCUGACACACCGCACUGUGGUUCCUUGCAUACUGUGAAGGUCUUAAUGGCCUUCUAGCAUCACCACUGAGCUCUAUUAUGGGACCAUGCAUAACUGGUGAUGGGAAAAUACUCUGACACUGACUUUAGGAAAUAUUUACUUGCCGGCAACUGGGUUCCCAUCUCCUGAUGUGCUUUUGUUAUUGGCAAUAAUAAUGGAGCAGGUGGAUGGACGAGUUGCUCAUUCCGGGAAAUGUCACUCUUUUCUGUGUGCAUCUCGAGGAAAUAACUAAAAUACAUACCAAGAGAAAAUUAGGCCUUGCCACUGGCAUCUCUCACAGCCUUCUAUUUACAAAAUUAAAAAAGCACAAAACAAUGGUUUAAAACAUUUUACUUGUGUGUGGUUUGCGAAGCACUAGAUUUAGUAAGAAACUACAUAUAUGCACUCUUUUAAGUUAAUAACCUUCCCAGAUGCUGAAAAGACUUGGAGCAUGUGAUUAUGGCAGAUUUACACACACACUUCCUCUGGCACUUUCUUUCUCAAAUCUAAAAAGGCAAUUAAAUAGAUGCAAGAGAAGAUAUGGACUUAAGAUCUUUUUAAAAAAGUUCUGUUGAUUUAUAUUAUUGUAAAGACUUUUUGUUUGUUCAAUAGUAAUCAUUAAAGUACAAAAAAAUUCAAUUUUAAA